AUGCCGUCUUCCGAUCACCCGGACGUCAUCGCCUUCGAUAAUGGUUUUCCCCCCGACGGCCUGGCUAGGUUCAUCAGGCAAACGGUCGACGACCUCGAGCUCAAAAAGACGAUUCUCAGGCUCCCGAAAAAACGCUCGACCGAUCAGCAAACGGUCCGGGAUAUCUAUUUGGAGUGUAUGAAGGCCGUAUUACGACAGGUCAGAAUUAAUCUCGAGGAUAUAUUCGGAGAGGACUGGUCCUUGCAGGUCAGAAGACAAUACAUGUUGAACGGCACGUGCACGGGCGCGGACCUCGGCAUCAAGUACAAGGAUACCGAGCUGUACAAGGCAUACGUCAUGCUCGUCGACCCCCCCGACCCCGAUGUCACCGGAGGCUUGCGAAUGCACUACGACCUCAAAAAACCUGCGGAUCUCAACGCUGCCGAGACCGCUACCCCCGCCAUAGCAGCUCCUAUCACCCCUAGCGAUUCUCCUCCCGCCGAUAACCUCCUAACUAUCGACCCUGAUCUUAAUCAUCCUCAAAGCGACAAUCCGAUCGAGAUUGAUGGCGCCCACGAUACAUCGCACGCCGUCAUCACUGAUGGACCGAUCGCCGACCUCUCCGGAGACGAGGACGAGGAGGUCGACGUCGCUGUCGACCCGGUAGUGACCCAUUGGGGGUACCUCUUCAGUCCCAUCCAGAGUAAGAUCGGCACGAACACCACCUCGACAUCGACAUCGACAUCCGUCCGCAAGUCCCGCAAUCGCUUCGAUAUCACCUUGCUCGCCUUCGAUGAACGAAUCAAGAAGAGCGACCACGAAGGACCGGCUCAGAUGCAGAUAGUCGGUGGGGUCGUCAAGGUGAGGUACGUCAGUGAGGAAGAAAUCGAGGGGACUGUAUUGGCUAUCCCGUCGGAGGCUUUGGGUAUCAAGGAAGAGUCUAAAACAAAGAGCAAGAAGGGCAUCGACGAUCAUCCCUCGACUUCGGUCCUCAGAACACCGCGUGGAGAACCAGACCUCACAGACGCAGAAGUAACGAGCAGACCGCCGAGUUUCUUCACCCGGAGGAUCUUGCAAGACCUUAUAGCUCAGAUAAUCUGGGGUUUGAUCAACGUAGAUGCCAUGUCGGCAACCCGUCGGCCUGUUUAUGGGAUGGCCGUCCUCAACGGUUGGUUCGUGAGGAUGGUCGUCGACGGCGCCGAGCGGGUGGUUUACCUCGAGACCAUGGACCCCACCAGCACCAGUUUGAAUACGAGCACGAGCACGAGCACGGACAGGAAAACGAACACCAAUCAUCAGAGCUCGAGGCCGAAAUCAAACUCGCUGAAAGACCUCUUGACCUGGUUCCAAUACGGACGGUUCCGUCAUCAUCUCGCUACAAACAGCGGGGUGGAGAAGCUCUACCAUUGGACUAUCGCUGGGUUUCGUUCGUUCGUACUCCCGGCAACUUUGACGAACGAUCGCAAAGAAGACGCAGAUUCGACUGCGACGGCAUCCGCGGUUGAAACGAGGACUGAUCUGAAGCGAGGAGCCGCUGAAGUUUCCGCUAACGAGGAGCUGGAAGGCACUAAUCGGCACAAGAGAACAAAGGCGGUCUACGAAGAGGAUUCGUCCCAAGCGAGAGAGCCCGCUGCUCCUUCCACCUCGUAUCAGGCUAUAAAGGAAAAGGCUGAGAGUACAGUCCCAGACGAACCGCGUCGUAAAGUGGAUACCUGGCUGAGCAAGAUCGACAAUAAUCCUGAAGCCGACCAGACGCCGGUUGCAGUCGAUCUCGACGAACCGUUCAAUGACGAUGAUGAAGACGAUGACAACCACAACAGCUCCGACAGCCAAGAAUACAGCGAUUAUUGCACUAUGGUCGGCCAGAUGGAAUUCUUGGACCAGCUCGGGUGGACGGUUGAGUACUGCUCGAUCGCCCGAAUAUCGACGACCGAAGGUGCCGAAUCAGUAGCAGAAAAUCCUAGGCCAAAACUUUCAAGGAUUGCGGCCCGAACAAAAGUGCAAGAAAACAUCGCUCAAAGAACCUCCACAGCUGCACACAGGACGUCAUAUCGAGACUUAAGAAACCGCGCGGAUCUGUAUUCGAACGGCGAAGCUGAAGGCACCUCGACCGCAGCACAUGGCCUACCGAUCCCAGCACCUGGUCAAGUCCCGUCAAUCUCAUCUGCCACUGCAGCAGCAAGUCCAAGCUCGGGUUCGACAUCGGCUGCCAGGUCGGCUCAAGAGGAAGGUCGACCGCCGGACGGACUGAUCGGGCUUUGGUCUGGGGCUUCCCAAGUUCUUGCUGAUGAUGUGAGAAUCGCCGACUGCGUGCUGUGUCUGGGUAGACUCGCUCGCUGCGUCUGCAGUUUCAGUUUCUGCGACUCGAAACACAGGAUCUCCGUUUACACCCUCGAUUCGAUCGUAUACGUCGAAUCGAGUCAUGAUCGCCUCCCGGCAGUGUCUCGAUUGCUCAGACCCGCAUAGAAGACGACAUUAUACUUACAUUACGAUGAUAUUCUAACCUAUCCAUCUCUCCGGAUAAGCCGGGACCUGCCCUCGAUGACUUUAGCGGUUGUUGUUGUUGGAAGUCCCUUCGUGGCUGUGUUCUCUCCCUCGCGGAUGUAAAAGUUGUUGUUGAGAUCAUGGUCACUUGGGUGGAUCGUCGAGGUCGACGUCAUUCAUCUUGCAUCAUGCCAUCAUCCUGUACCCCAUA